UCAACAAAAAUAGAAAUCUCAACAUUUGCCAUCAAGUCAUUUCAGUUGUGCCAUUCAAAAUGAUUUUCUAUCGAAAAAGAACAUUAGUUUUGCAUUUAAUAACGAUUGGACUUGCCUUUAUCGCUGGCUGUACAAUAACCCUAUCAGUGAUUAAUGUGAAAAGUUGUAAAACUGAUUUAGACCGACUGCAUUCGACGGUGGAACGAAAUGUUUCAACCAGUUCGAUAUUUCUUGUGGUUGUCAUUUUAUCGGCACCGAAAAAUAUUGGACAGCGCAAUGCCAUUCGGCAAACAUGGCUAAAUUUAAAUCCGAAAAUCGAUGAAUCCUCCGAUAAUUACUAUGUUGCAAACACGAUUGAGUUUGAUCAAAGUGGAUUUUUGCAACAAGACACCGUUCAACAGCAGAGUGCAUCACUUAAUCUCUUCAAGAAGAAAAUGUCGAAAGCGAUUUACAAACCACUUUUAAAAGAUUUGAAUGUGGAAGUUUUGCAUUAUUUUGCAAUUGGUACCGAAAAUUUGCCGUUCAUUGAGUCAAACAAACUCACCAAAGAGCAUUCCAAACAUAACGAUCUGCUUUUAUUGAAUGAUUUGACGGAUUCAUAUGCAAAUCUCACGUUAAAACUGUUGAAUACGAUUGAAUCGGUCAAUAAUAUUGAGUCGUUCGAGUAUCUUCUGAAGACCGACGACGAUACUUAUGUCAAACUCGACUAUUUGCUGGAAGAUUUAUACCAAUAUGACAAAUCUAUAAAGCGCACUCAGUCCACUGUGAACAAUGUCAAGCCAGAAUUGUACUGGGGGUACUUCAAUGGACGAGCGAUGGUAAAAAGUCGCGGCCAAUGGAAAGAAGUUAAUUUCAACCUUUGCGAACGCUAUUUACCUUAUGCUCUCGGCGGUGGAUAUGUCCUCUCCAAGAAUUUGGUUCACUUUGUUGCUCAAAAUCGUCGAGCGCUGAGUCGAUACGUUAGCGAAGACAUUUCAAUGGGAGUUUGGCUGAGCUCACUGCGUAAUGUUUACAAAAAGCAUGACAUCCGCUUUGAUACCGCUUACAUGCCACGGAAAUGUCAGAACUACCAUAUCCUGUUGCAUAAACGCACACCAACCAAUAUGCGGGAUGUUUAUCGGGGAUUUUUAUGCACAUUCAAAGAAGCAAAUGCCACCAAUAUUCGUCGACCACCUGAGUAUUUUUAUGACUGGAGUACCUCACAAACCCGAUGCUGUGACAGUUUAGUCGAUCAAAUUUAAAGCAAGUCUGUUUACCAAUCUAGUUUUAAAUUAUCUCGGGUGAAAACAUUAACAAUUCUGUGAUACAAAAAAAUGCUCAAAAAAAUUCGAACAAGCAAUGCAAGUGAUAUCCGAACAUGGUGGUAAAUAUUCAUUGGUUAGUGUGGCUAGAUUGUAUUUGGACCAUCUGCUGGAGCAGAAAAAAUACGACGAAGCGGCCAAAUUGUGUCAACAAACAU